CAACUUCGAAGCACAAACAAAUGUCAUUCUACCACAUUUAGGAUUUCAAUAUGGUUGGAAUUUUUCUCUCGGGUAGCAGCAUAGAUCUGCAUAUACGUGGCAUUGUGAGUUUCCGGUUCUUGUGUCAUUGGUAAAGAGAACUCCGAGUCGAAAUCAACAAUGCUGUUCCAAGCCAAGCCAAUGGUUUAUGUGGGGCACCCGUUCCCUGGGAGCAAGCAGGUACUUCGGAGUGAAUGAUGCAGUGCACUGAACAACAUCCGGCGCCGGUGUCGCUCGAUCGCCGUCCUCGACACGCACACCCGAAUUCACCACCCAAAAUCCAACCCCCCGAAAACCCCGUCAUAAUGUCCAGCUCCAUCCCCCUCCAGGUCGCCGAGACGGUCCAAACCGCGCACAUCAACCGCGAGCCCUCACCGCGGCACGACCUGAACCCAUCCACGGCCGCCUCGAAGAAGGAGCCCGUCCGGCUUGAGCCCCUGGACGAUGGCAGCAUCGACCAAGACGUAGAGGCUGAGGAGGAGGAAGAAGAGGGCGAGACGGAAGACGAAAAGGUCUACCGCCGCUCACGCAUCACACCGCGCCCGCGCCGGCACCAGUUCCCGCCCAUGCCCGACCUGCGCUUCGAGCAGAGCUACCUGUCGAGCAUACGGAAUGCCGACACGUGGUGGAAGGUCGGGUGGAUCACGGCGAGGGAUCAGCUCAUGAUGCCGUUUUUGCAGGGUAUCGUCUAUAACCUGGGCCUUUGCGGCUGGCAGUACUGGAACCGGAAUGCGCGGAUACACGGGUCGUCGGUUGGGGCCCGGUUGAGGCGCUGGUGGUAUGGGGUGAAUAACUGGAAAAUACCAGCCAAGAAGGUGUGGUAGAAAUGUUACAUACAAGGGAUAACGUGUUUUGAUUAUGUUAUGUCGCCUUGGGCAUGGAAUAUUUGCAGGCCAUGUUUCUGAGUAAACAAUUCUAUUACGGACCAAGAGUCUGAAGGCAUAUCAACGAC